AUGUCCUCCUGGCGCGAAUCGGCGGGGCGGAAGGAAGGGAACGAGGGCUACCGCUUCGGGGACCUCACGCGGACCCUCGUGAAGAAGCUCAUCGUCGGCGGCGAGGAGGUCGUCGAGUCCAAGCUCCCGAGCCGCAUCGCGCGCACGGUCAAGCGCUACGGCUGGCGGCCGGACCUCCCGGACCACCGCGACCUCAAGGCCGACUUCAGCCACAUCUUCGCGGCCCUCCCCACGUCCGUGGACCUCCGCGACAAGUGCCCCGACUUGUACGACCAGGGCGAGCUCGGCUCGUGCACGGCGAACGCCAUCGCCGCGGCCUUCGAGUUCGACCAGCGCAAGGAGCUCAUCGCCGAGUUCAAGCCGAGCCGCCUCUUCAUCUACUUCGGCGAGCGCAAGAUGGAGGGGUCCUGCGACUCGGACUCGGGCGCGAUGAUCCGCGACGGCAUCAAGGUCGUCCACAAGCUCGGCUGCUGCGACGAGGCGCUCUGGCCCUACGACGUGGACAAGUUCACGGAGGAGCCCCCGCAGGCGGCCUACGACGCGGCCAAGGCCCACAAGUCCGUGCGCUACUACCGCGUCGCGCAGCACGAGCGCAUGCUCAAGGGCUGCCUCGCCGCGGGCUACCCCUUCGUCUUCGGCUUCACCGUGCUCUCGUCCUUCGAGACGCAGGAGGUCGCGGACACGGGCGUCAUGCCCAUGCCCGCCGACGGCGACAAGCAGCUCGGGGGCCACGCGGUCUGCUGCGUCGGCUACGACGACGACAAGCAGUGCUUCGUCGUCCGCAACUCCUGGGGCAGCUCCUGGGGCGACGGCGGCUACUUCUACAUGCCCUACAAGUACAUGACCGACAGCGGCCUCGCGUCCGACUUCUGGACGAUCCGCUGGGUCGAGUGA